GGGAGCCGAGCCCGGCGGUCCCGGGGCGCGGGCGGGUCGCUGGGUGCCGAGGGGUGUGGCGGUGAGGAGCCCGGGCUGCCCGGGGCUCGGAGCCGGUCGGGGCGCGGCUGUCGGCGCGGAGCCGGCGGGCACGGGCGGGGAGAGCCGUCGGUCGGAGCGAGUGGUGCCGCGGGAUCGCGCCGUGAUCGCCGUGACGCGCGGUCCUGGAGGUGUUCUAAAACACCCGUGUGCCGGCAGGUCCCCGGUUUGCCCCCGCCCCGGUAUUCUCUGUGGUCGCCUCUGCCCCGGAGGCAGCGGCCGUCCCGCCCGGAGCCCCGGCGCUCCAGCGCUCUCGGAGUGCCGGGAGCAUCGGCACGGGCAGCGACUGCCCGGGUUUCACCCGAGCCCGCAAUAGGUGUUCUUGGAAAAUGUGCUGGCACUUUGGAGCUGAAAAAGGACAUGAGGAGUAAAAGGACCCAGGAUCUCACUGUUCAGAAUGAAAUAUAUGUUGAAAGAUUUUUCAAAUCUAUUGUUAGUAGUGCUCUGUGACUACGUUCUCGGCGAAGUGGAGUAUCUCCUGUUGGAGCACCCGGAUCAUGUAGCUUUCAGCAACGACACAGUGUCUGUGGAGUAUCAGUACUACAGUGGUGGUAAUGUGACAGCAGAGCAUGUGUCCAUCCUUUUAUUGGAUGCCAGCACCAGUGAGAUAAUUGCAAGAAAACAGCUUCCCGCAAAUCAGUCCCAGGGGACGGUGGUGUUUGAGUGUUUCCAUUUCAAAAGUGCUGGUGAUUUCUUGUUCAGAAUGGUCUCUCCCAGUGACAACAGCAGUGCUGCCCAGUGGAGCAGAAGCAGCAUGUCCACGCUCCAUGUGGAAUGGCCUGUAUUUCACAUUGAUUUGAACAGGAGUUCAGAGAUGCUUGGGAGCUCCCUUCAGGUUGGACUUUUUACAAAUGAGCAGUUAUGUGCCAUGAACAAGACUGUGAUUUCACUGGAUGUGAUAUUCACCAGCACCCUUUAUGAAUUCAGAAGAGUAUGCUCUGAUGAGACUCUGGGCAUUAGAACUAGCAAAAUAAUCCCCCUGUCUAGGUCCCAGUGGGUAGAGUUUGAUUGCCCACCUGUUGGUCAAGAAAUAUACAUUACUGUGUUACUGAAAUCGUUAGAAACACAUUCCAUCAUUGCCUCCGUAGGACCUGUAGAUCUCCUCCACAAAUUUGGAUACAGACUGGUUGUGGCAGCAGAAGACACAUGCAAAACUUUGGUUCAGGUCUCCGUAAUCUCUCCACCAUGCACUUCUAUCAGUGGAAAAAUCGUUGUUUAUAAAGAGGCUCUCAAGCAUUCGAGUCAAAGAACAACUUGGCUGUAUGAAAGCAUCCUUCAUCCAGGAGACAACAGGACAGAAUUUAACUGCACUUUGUUUGAUGUGGGGAAGAACAAAUACUGCUUUGACCUCCUCAACUUCUCAAACCGAAGCUAUUUUCCAGCAAGAGUUAAGGAGUGUAUGCUGAUCCAAAGGAAUAUGGAAACGUGGAGCCGGUGGCAGCCCUGGAGCCCGUGCAGUGUCACCUGUGGGGACGGAAUCCGGGAGCGCUUCCGAGAGUGCCUCACCUCCUCGCCGGCAAAACCAGGCUGCGCUGGAUCGCCAAGGGAGACUUCCCUGUGCUCACUGGAGGAGUGUGUGUCUGUCCAGCCUCCCACCCCACCUUCUGUUCAGCCAGGAGAGGACCAGAAAGCAAAUAAUAUAGUUACCAUCACAGGUAUCUCCCUGUGCUUGUUCAUCAUCUUUGCCACAGUUCUUAUCACUCUCUGGAGGAAGCUCUGCAGAGCUCAGAAGUGCAGCACCGCUGUCCGACGAAACUCCGUCCAUUCCCCCGGCUUCCGGAAAAACUCAGAUGAGGAGAACAUUUGCCAAGGCAACAAGCAACGGGACAGCUUUGCUGAAGGAGGGGAUGCCCCUGUUAACAUUCCCCUAACCUACAGGCGAAGCCUCCAAUUUGCCCAAGAAGAUGAUGUGUCUGGAAGUGAAAGCUUUCAGCCAAAUGCCCAAAAAAUAAUCCCUCCAAUUUUCAGCUACCGUCUGGCACAGCAGCAGCUGAAAGAGAUGAAGAAGAAAGGCCUGACGGAGACCACUAAGGUGUACCAUGUCUCUCAGAAUCCUCUCACUGACACGGUUCUUGGUGCCACCUCGAUGCUUCCUCUGAGUGGGGAAAACCAAGAGGAGGCAGCAGCAAACAAAUUUCGGAUCAAAUCUCCAUUUCUGGACCAGCCAGCCAGUCAGCCCAAGUUCCUGGGAGAAGGCUCUCACCCUAGGUUGGAUUUUCCAUUCUCACAGGCCAAUCCUGCAGUGAGCCCUACCCAAACCUUGGUAAGAAGAGGUCAUUUCAAGCACCAAGAUAACAGAGUGGACUUGCCUGAGAGGGGCUGUCACAGAAACUCACAGUUCAGAAGAACAGCCAGUUUCCAUGAAACUAAAAAGGCCAGGCCUUUCAGAGAGAGAAGCAUGUCUACUCUCACACCUCGACAGACUCCCCUCUACAACUCCAGGACCAGGACGUGGGACCAGGGUCUGGAGGACAGGACACGGCCAAAAUCGAGAAACGCUAAUGCAGCUUGUGAAAAGCUGGAUCAGCCCCACGGCACUGUGCUGGGGUGUGAACCACAGGGCCAUGGCGCAAAGCCCCACCACAGGGCAGGUCCCCCAGUGAGGAAGCUGGACCUGAUCACAGAUCGCCAGCCUGCUGGUCAGGAGAAGGCAGCUGAGAAACCUGAACCCAGCCGAAGUAAGAGGGGCCCUUCACCUAACCCCAAAGGCGUGUGGCGGAAAGAGACCGGCCCAAAUGGCAAAGAUAAUUCCCAGAGAGGCCUGAGCGUCAGCCCUGCCCAGUAUCGAAGGGACAAGUGCCAGAGCUUCCCCCUGGACCCUGAGUUUGCCUUUUAUGACAAUUCUACUUUUGGCUUAACGGAGGCAGAGCAGCAGAUGAUCGACCUCCCUGGGUAUUUUGGCUCAAAUGAAGAAGAUGAAACAAGUACUCUGAGCAUUGAGAAGCUGGUGAUCUGAGUGACUCAUUGCAGCCCUGCAGGAGUGGCGUGCGUGGGAGAGGAUCUGCAGGAUCGGUUGGCUUCUGGUGAAAGAAAAAGCAAGAAUCACGUUACCUCCACACACAGCAGCAGGGAGUAAUGCCCCAGGUCUGGCUUGUGGGAACAUAUUCCUUUCUAAUUACUGAAAAGUGCUUUCAUAUAAUUAUUUUUUGUAUGUAUGUGUGUACAAGACACACAAAGUACCCUGGGAAAGAAGGUGUUAGUUAAGGUGUGGCGCAGGAAUGGCCAAUAGAUUUUAUUGUGUAAAGCAGUCAUGUUUUGUGCAUCAUACAUGAUAAAUGCCGCUGACAUUUCCCACCUUGUCUACUGUGUACUGGUAGACUGUGAGAUACUGAAGCAUCCACUGUCCAGCACCCUCAGCCAUCUGCCCUGAUUAGUGAAUCAUUUCCCAUCUAGAAAGCACAAAGCUCAAUCUGUGGGCAGUUUUUAUAAUUUUUCUGAUAGUCGUCAGUGAACUGCAUUGAUUUGUAGGUGUUGCUCAAAUAACUCAUAUGGUGAGGGGUGUUUUAGCUGGUUGCAUGAAAGUGCAAACAAUUGAUGCUGAAUACUUGAGUGAAUUUAAAUUGAGGAGACAUUUUCAUCAUUCAAGACUUGAUAUUUUCUUACUGUCAAUAUUUAUCAAGAAAACAAUGUAAAAAUAUUUGCAGGAAAUCAGUACAAAAGGCAUGCUACAGGGAGGGCAAAGAAAACAGAUUAUCAGAUUUUAGUCCUCACAGAAAUGUUACCACAGCAGGCUACCUGUAAAAAGCAGUGAGAGAACGGUUGAAUUAUGCAUCCUUUCCAUAGUUAUCCUUUCCUUUAUUAAAAUUUUUAAAUGCAAAUACAUUGACCAUAAUACUACUAUGGCAAGCUCAAAAUAAAUUAUGAACAAAACCAGCAAACAAGAAGAUUAUUUGAUUAAUACCUGUCCUGGGAACAAAAAAUUAAAAUGACUUGACAAUAUCUGGUGAUUCACAGAGAAUCUUAUAGCAUCAUUUACAUUGGAAAGACCUCUAAAAUAAUUAAGUCCAACCAUUAACGUAACACCACUGUGUUCACCACUAAACCAUACCCCUGGUAUGUUUUAGUGGUGAACACACUAAAUCACAUGCAUACACCUUUUGAACACUUCCAAGGACAGUGAUUCCACUGCUUCCCUUGGAUGCCUGUUCCAAUGCCUGACCACUCUUUCAGUGAGUAAACUUGCCCUCAUAUCAAAUCUAAAUCUUCCCUGGCACAACUUGAGGCCAUUUCCUCUGAUCCUCACUUUUUACCCGGGAGAGGUGGCCAACCAACCCCUACCUUGCUACAGCCUCCCUUCAGGGAAUUGUAGAGAGCAGUAACAGUGAACUACAAAAGCCAUGAUGGGCUUUUUUGUUGUGUUUUAAAACCAAACAUCACAAAUUUGACAUUAGAUAGUGCUGUAAGUAUUCAGAGUUGGGUUGGAACUCCAGUUAACAGCAGAAGCAGAGCUCAGGCCUUUGUGAAUGACUAAGACUUUUCUUGCCAUUUGUUAAGAUAACUGUCUCUUUGGGGACUUUGCAAAGACCAGGGGAAUGCUAGUGGGCAGAAACAAGAAAAAAAGGAGAAGAUGCUGCCCAUGGAGUUUGGUGUAAGAGGAGAAAGGUUUAGGCAGUGGACUAUUAGACUGAAAUCAACUCUCCCCUAAGGAGCUUAACCCCACAUGCCCUUUAACCUGCCUUGUGGGUGUGAAAGCAAAAUUAGCAUGUGCUCCAUUGUCAAGAAGGAGGCUGCUAUCUUUCUCAAAACUGGCUUUCUGAGCAGAGAGAUUUCCCAAUCCCACAUUCUUCCCCCCAGUCCUGCUCCACCACAAACCAACAGCAGUUUUAAAGGAAGAGCAGCAUUGCUGUGUGUAAGCGAUAGCACCCCACUGCAGUGUCCAAAGCUGGCACAGAUAGCUUGACAGGCACACGGUGUUACCUGCUGUAACAACACAGGAGGAGCAAGCCUCAGCAUUUGGCCACCAGAGUCAAAUCUGGCUGUUUGAAUGGCCUUUCUGAUGGUCUUUCAUGAUGUGAGCUCCUUCUUUCCCCGGAGCCUUGCCAAGAUGCCGAUGUUCAGCCCUUGGCCCUGCGUGGUGCUGGUACCAGCAAUGUGUUCCCAUGAACUGUCAGCUUGAAAAGCUGUUUAAAUCAUCUAAGAAAAUGUUCUCGCUUGAAGAGUUAUCCAAAGGCAAUCAAAUGUAAUGAGUCUUUAAAUUGACUUAAAUGAGCUGGAAAGCAGACCUCUGAAACAAUUGCAGCUCAGGUUACUUACCCUGCCUGUACUAAGUUAAGGUCUGUGGUGUGAAGUACCUUUUCCCUGAGGCAGCGAUCCAUCAUCAUUGGAGCUGCAGGGCUACAGUAUCUGUUUAAGCUUUGUUGAGCCUCUCAGCAUGGGAGAGAGACCCUGUAGAAACGGGAGAUCAAAUGGUCAGUGCAGCAAUAUUCAGCAAGCAUUCCCCUAAACCUUCAGAGGGAGGGAUUGGAGCUUGGUGUAGCACUCAGAUCCAGUAAGUACUCAACUAGUGGCAUUCUAUCCUGUUUAUUAAGAUUAAAGGUGGUUCUGAAAUGCUUCCUGAGGUUUGCUGUGGGAUUUGGAGGCUCCUGCACAGAGCCCUGUGACCCUUGCAUCUCAGAGGAGAUUUCCUUUGCCACAGAAGGACAGAGAAGGGGCAACUUUGCUCUUAAUCAGAUGGUGCUUUCUGCAAAGUUGUCCCAGUGUUGGGCUGUGUUAUGCAAUAGAUGUACUUAGGUACAUUUUACAUCAAAGGCAGCAGGGCAAACCUCUUCCCUCGCAGCCUGCCAUACCUUGGCCUCCCUUUACCUCUCAGAGACAGGAGAAAUGCCCUGACAUUGAUGCUGGCUGAAGGCAGUCCAGCUCUAAUGCCUGCCCCUCCACACUGACACACAGGGAAACAGGCUUCAUCCUCUGGACUUUACAUCACUCAUUGCUCACACACUGGAGAACUGGACUGGGUGCUGGUUGUCUGAUUAAGUCCUGCUGACUUCAUCUCCAGCUUGAUAAUCCAUUAUCAGAUGGGUUACCAGAUGCUUAAUGAACUGCCACACCACAAUGCUGUCCCCUAAGUGCUGUAGUUUCCACAGUCUUUGCCCUACUUCCUUAGCUCUUUACUGAAGGUGGGAUUGAGCAUCAACUGCCAGAAGGCAUGAACUUAUUUCAUUCACAUUUCUCAGUGUCAUCAAAAUAAAAAUUAUCCUCUCUGCCCUCAGCACUUAUCAGGGGCCAUGCAGUUACAAUUUGUGCAAAGUCAUUCCUUAUGUCCCAACAUGCAGUUACUAUCUUGCACUGAGAUUUUACCUUAUCAAAAUACAGCAGCAGUGAUCAGAAGGGAAGGAGUGAGUAAGUGCUGCCUUUUUGCAGCCCUUUCUUCACAAGGGCAAGAUGUCUCAUUUCAGACAUGUUGGUGAAAAUUUCAUUCUACAUGAGUAUGCUUGAGAAGAGGGCUGGGGGCAGUCUAGCCAAGGGCACAGGUUCAUGGAGCACAGCUCCCUGGAGUGCUGCCCAUUACGCUGGGAUGUUUGUGCUUGCAGUCACUGGGGUGUCUAGGAAGCAGAG